UAAAAGUUCAUUAAUGACACAUGCAACCCAUGCCGAGUUGGUCGCAGAGGCUCAAAAACUAAUGCAUAAAAGAGAUGCAUUAGAGUCUGAGUUGACUGAGUUACAGUCUCUUCUCAAGACUCACAAUAUGGGCAUGACUGAACCUUUGGUGGAUACUCAAGGCUUUCCACUAACAGGUGUAGAUGUAUACACUGUCCGCAAUACUCGCACAUCCAUCAUUCGACUGCUAAACGAUCACAAGGCUCUCACCAAUGAGCUUGAACUGAUUCUUCAACGAGUUCAUGAGGUUGCGCGUAGUGAAGGAAUUACAACAACUUCAAGAAACUCGGCAUCUCCAAAUAACAAUGCACUCCAUUCAAAAAGUCUUGCUCCAUUUGCAAAAGUCAAUGCAGUUGCGCCGGAUAGUCCUGCAUGGAAUGCUGGACUUCGCAGAGAUGAUCUUGUGACCAAAUUUGGAUCUGUGCAUGCCGAAUCUGAGAUCCCUCUUAAGCUACUUUUUGAUAUUGUACAAAAGAGCGAAAAUCGGUUACUAAAUGUUCAUAUCAAGCGAGAAGGCUAUGAUAAAAUCAUCGAGUUGAUUCCUCAGAAAUGGAGUGGCCGCGGACUACUUGGAUGCCAUAUUACAGCAAUUGAAUAAACAUACCACAGAUCCAAAUC